AUGCUUUUAAUCUUACCAUCAAGAGAGAUUGUUGUUAUCAGAAGCAAUUUGACCAUAGAAUACAUCCAUUUUAAAAAUUGGAUGAACGAGGGAGUCAUCAUUAUUUCAGAUUGUAGUUUACUUUAGACUAAUACUCAAUCAGGAAACAUUGUACUCAGAUAUUUAUAAGUGUCCAUGCCGCAUAUCUACAUUACCUCACUGUUUAAUGUUACAUUGGACAACUGUGAUUUCAGAUCAUUUUCAUUGGUUAGUGAUGCAAACAAGCAGCAGAUAUAUGUAGAUUCUACAUCCUUAUGUCCUAUUGCAAAAGAUAACCUUACAAGAACUAUAUAAUUCUCAAAUAACUAUAUAUCCACAGAUGCUAAAUAAGCAGAGACUAGUCAUUAAAUAUUCCUUUGGUGUGUUUUUAAGUCAGAUUUGAACAUGAGGAAUUUAAAAUGUAUUGUCGAAAAUGUCACUGCAGAGCAUUUUUAUUCCUCGAUUUCAUUCUUCUGUAUAACUGUUUUGAAUCAUAUUAAUGCGACUUACAAAAAUAUAACUUAAAACAAUAUCACCUUAGGACCACUCAAUGCUUUUCACUAUUAACUAGUCGGGAGCUACACCUCUAAAUGGAACAUAAAAUUUUAACAGACUUUACUUCUAGAAUAACAAUAUAAAUUCUAAUUACACAAGAUUAGGCGCUGUAGAAGUUUCAAAUAACUAACUCAGUCUUUAGAGAUGAAAUUUUUGCUAGUGAAUUCUACAUUUUCUCUGAAUCAGUUUCAAAAAGAAGGAGGAUUGAUCUUAAUUGACUCUUACUUAGAUGAAAAUAAUGCUAGAAUGAUAAUAUAAAGUUCAGAAUUCAAAAAUAACUCAUUUUCAUCUGGAGGAUUCCUUAUAUAAGCAAGAUAAAAUCAAAUUUAUCCUGUACUCAUCUAAGACUCCAUUUUUGAAAAUAACUUUCAAGCCUUCAUUUAGGUUAAAUCAUUCGAUGUUUAAAUGAUAAGAUUACCUACAGUGGUAGAAAUAAUAGGCUGCUAGUUUAAUCAAAACUAUCCAAACAUUAAAGCUUUAAUACAGCUUAAUAGUAAUUCUAAAGUUUACUUGCGCAAUACGGUAUUCUAAAAGACUCUAUCUCAUUCAAGAGGAAGUGUGAUCCUAGCAGACUAUGAAAAAGUAGAAGUUGGAAUUUAAAACUGUACUUUUAAAGAUAACUUCGCUUCUAAUGGAGGAGUAUUUUUCUCUCAUUAUUCAGGCUUCAUCAAUAUUUCAGAUUCAUUUUUCUUAAAUAAUUUGGCUAUAUCUGGGGGGAUUGGAGUCCUUGAGAAUUAUGCUAGAGUUAUUGUCUUUAAUACUUAAAUUAGUGGUAAUUAUGCAAUCCGAAAUUCAAUUUUUUCUUCCCUGGAUGCUUUAGAUAUUUGGAAAGACGAUUAUUAUUAUUAAACCUAUGUUAUUAGUGAUAUUAUAAAAGAAAAUUUAGAUAAUACAAGGGACAGACCAUAGUAUCAAAUGAAUCUUGCUAAGUCUAAUCUAAUAAUAAUGAAUUCAUCCAUUGAAGCUACAAGUGAAUCAGAUUUCUUGAUGAAGGCCGAUAGCUCGAAUAUAAGUUUGCUUAGUUCUAAUUUCUCUGGACUUUAAUCAAAUGGGACAACACUAUCAGAUGUUAAAAGAUGUGUUAACUACAAUAUAACAAAUACCAGAAUCGAGAAUUUUAAUGUGAAUCUCUUUGAAAUCUCUAUAACUAGUCUAAUUGUGAAUUCUUCAGUAUUCUUAGCGUCAAAAUAAUAAUCCAGUAACGAUAUUAUCGACUAAAAAAUGAUUUUUUCUGUGUAUAAGGGAGAAAUUAAAUCAUAUAACUCGAUUUUCAACUAUGGUAGUUCAAGAGUCGAAGGUGGUGCAAUUCUUUCAUAAAAUACAAAUACAACUCUUAUUAAUAACAAAUUUGAAAAUAACUAGGCAAAAGAUGGAGGGGCUAUAGCAUUCUAAUGUUCUAGAUUGGAAAAUAACACUUUUAAUAAAAAUAUUGCUUCAUUAUAAGGAGGAGCAGUCUACUACAAUAAACAUAGACCGUUAAAAUUAGAUUCGAACCAAUUUGAUACAUAAAACUACGCACCUUAUGGUAGUAAUAUUGCUGGAUUCCCUUUCAGUGUGAAAAUAUUAAGUUACGACAAACUUCAAGUAGCUAGUGGCCAGAGAUAUGAAGGGAAAAUAGUUGCUGCUAUUGUUGAUUACGAUUAGAAUAUAAUUUCGAUUGAUAACUCUUCCGGCGAAAACCUGAUUUAAGUUUAAAAUGGAAUUGGAAUUCUAGAUGAUUUGAUUUUUAUAUCAACUCCAGGGUCAGGCUCAGUAUAGUUUUAAGUUUAGUCUCCAAGUAUUGAUACUGAUUAUAUUAAAUAAGUAUUUUUUGAUGAACUUGAUACCCAUGAUUUAUCACAAGUUAAUUCUGCCAUUGUAAACCUAGAUUUUAGAAAUUGCAUUGAAGGUGAAACUGUCUAAAACGAUUAAUGUUAUAUUUGUGGACUUGGUUUCUAUUCAUUUAAUGGAUUGUUAAGCUCUUGUUUAGAAUGUCCAAACAAUGCAGAUUGUCCUGGUGGAUCUAAAAUUGCGAUUUAUCCUGGCUUUUGGAGAUCAUCUGAUUAUUCUUCUCACAUUAUUAAUUGCCUUAAUAAAGAUGCUUGUGUUGGAGGCUACAAAGCAAAAAAUACAUCAGAAGAUGAAUAUAAAUUUCCAUAAUGUGCUUUUGGAUAUGGAGGCAAUUUAUGUCACUAAUGCUAACUAAUUGAUGAUAAUACUUAAUUUACUAGAAUAAGUGAUCAUCAGUGUGGACUCUGUCCUCCUAGAUUACAAAACAUAUUCUUUAUCUUUGGAGUAUGUAUUGGGCUCUUGAUCGUUAUUAGCUUCAUCUUGUGGUAUUAUUUAAGAGAUUCUAAGGAAAAUUAAACCAGUGUAAUCAUUAGGAUCAUUUUAAAUCACAUUUAAAUACUAUCUACUGCGGCUGCGUUCAAUUUGCAAUGGCCAUAGCAAUUUUCUGAAUUUCUUGGAUUUUAUACCUCUGUUGGAGAAAUAGCUGAAAGUCUAAUAUCAUUCGAUUGCUUUUUAAAGGAUACUGGAUUUGCUGAAAAAGGUUCUUCUACUUACUACUUCAAAGUUAUGAUUAUCACAUUGCUCCCUUUAUUACUAUUAAUUAUCUUCUCAUCAGGUUUGACAAUAAUUAAUAUUAUUAGAAAGCAAAAAUUAGCCUAAAUUUCCAGAUAGCUAACUGUAACAUUCGUAGUUAUCAUUUAUACAUUGCAUCCUACUUUAACUAGAAUGAGUACCUCUCUGUUCUUUUGCAUGGAGCUAGAUACUGGAGAGGCUUGGCUAUAGGAAGAUUUAUAAAUUGAAUGCUGGAGCAUUGAUCACUUAAAAUGGGCAAUUGGACUUGGUUUAACUUCAAUAAUAAUUUGGACAGUUCUUUGUCCUUUAAUUGGUUACAGACUAUUAACUAAGCAUAGGAAAUAGCUUUAUGAUGAUGAAAUUUUCGGUAAAUAUAAAUUACUAUAUCAAGGCUUGGACCCAAGAGUAUAUUACUGGGAGUUCUUAAACGUAAUUAGAAAAACAGCACUUGUUUGCAUCAAUGUGUUCCUUAAUCUUUAUCCAAAUAUAUUUAAAGCUCUUGUUAGCCUAAUCAUUCUUGUAAUAUUCCUCAGACUUCAAAUUAGGUUAAAACCUUAUAAAAAUCCUAUUCUUAACAGUCUUGAGCAGAGAGAAAUAGUAAUUUCAAUAUUUACUUUCUUUGGAGCACUGUACUUUGUUAGCGAUGAAAUUUCAAAGGAAGUUGAAAUGGGGGUUUUUAGUUUUAUUUUGAUUGCUAAUGCUUGGUUUUUUGUGUAUUGUGUAUACUGUAUCUUUAGCUCAUUGAAAGGUAGGAUUUCUCUAAAAUUAGCAUCAAUCCUCAGACCUAUUGUACUAAGUAAAAGCAUGGAAUAACUAGAGAAUACAUAUAAGCAGAAUCUAAGAUAUCAAUAAGAAAGAGAAAUUCUGAUUGAGAGUGGACUCUGUGAAGACAAAUAGCAAUAGAAUCAUGGAUAUGAAAGAUCAGCUCAAAAUACUGAAUUUUUAAUGAUUGGUUAGUAGCUUAAUGCAAUAAAUAGCUUCAAAUCUAAUUAGAAUACAGAUAAAAAGAAAAGAUUAAAACCUCAAUAUCAAUUAUCUUUUAAACCAAAUGAUCCACUUUCAUUCAACAACUAAGAUUCACAUAAUAAAUCUCAUACAUAAGCAAAAUCAGCUAUAGAUAUUACUAUUUUCAAUGAUGGGGAUAAGUCACAUAAUAUCUCUAAGGCCAUCAAUAAUUCUAAGUAGAAAAAAACUGAAAAGAAAUCUUCUAAAAGUAAAGCUGAGAAAAAAGCUAUUAGUAAGCCUAUAUAGGAUAGCUAUAGUUUUAAUAAGGAUAUCACUGAGAAAUAGAGUAAGAUUGCUCUAAACAACAAAAAGAUCGUGUCAAUUGAUGAUCAUAAUAUAGCUACUAACUCUAAAAUGGACAUAUCUAGAGAUUAUUCAAUCGAUAAUGAAGAUUUCGCUCUUGCUAAAUAAUUUAAAAACAAUAAAAAAUCUAGAAAAUCAUUAAAAGAACCACAGCCAAUAGUUUUCUAAAAUAAAUAAUACUUUGAUGAAGAAUACAAAGGUGAGAAUCUACUAAAACCUUAAGAUAAAUAAGUCUUUAAAAACGGAAAUAGUCUUUCUGUUUUCCAAAAAAUAGCAUUUUCAAGACAAAAUAAAAAGAAAUAAUGA